UUCGUCCAGAGCAGACCCAGUCUUGUUCUUAAUGUCACAGACCUUUUAGAAGGAUUCAGAGUUAGACAUGAACCUUUGGUCUGCUGCACAUGUUAUAGCACUACUCUACUAAUCCACAUGUAUCUGCUUUUUUAGGGAUGGGGUCUUACUUUUAUGCAUCCUGAUCUUUGAUGAGGACAGACUUUAUCCAGAGUAGGUCUAAAGUUUGUAAAGAUGACCCAUCCCAAACUUACUGCCCCUCAAAGGGUCUCAAAAGUACUUCUACCCGGUGCUUAGGAACUCUGGACACGCAUAGAGGAGGGGGUCCGAGGCGGCUGUGAACGCACCGCAAGUCUGGGUCCAUUAGUGUGAGUUUAGUCGGUCUGAGAGUCCCAUCAAUGACCAGCUAAAACCACCCUGCUGUCCGGACUCAGACCUGCGGGGGUGGGGAGUCUCAAAGUUUGGAUUCGGACGGAGGAAACCAUGGGGUUCGAGUUGGACCGCUUCAAGGGGACCGUGGACCCGGAUUUCAAAUGCAACUUGUGUAAUAAAGUCCUGGAGGACCCUCUGACGACUCCGUGCGGACACGUCUUCUGCUCGGGCUGCAUCCUGCCCUGGGUAGUCCAGCAGAGCAGCUGCCCCGUCAGAUGUCAGCGAGUCUCCGCCAAAGAACUGAACCACGUCCUGCCUCUGAAAAACCUGAUCCUGAAGCUGGAGAUCAGAUGUGAUAACUACGCGAGGGGCUGCGCUGCGGUGGUGAAGCUGCAGCAUCUGGCCGAGCACUCCGAGGGGUGCGACUUCUCCCCGGCGAGGUGCAGGAACCCGGGCUGCACAGAGGUGCUCACCCUGCGGACCAUGGAGGGUCACAUGCGGGAGACCUGCGACUACAGGCCAGGGGGGGUCUGUGAAGGCGGCUGCGGGCUGCUGCUGACCCAUAAGGAGCACAAGUCCGACAGCCACUGCUGCCAGAGAGCCCUGAAGGAGCACAACAGCUCCCUGCAGGUCAAACUGCUUCUUCUGGACAGAGAGAUGAAGAAACAGAGCAUUAAAGCCAACCAGAGAGAGAAGUCCCUCCUGGCUCAGCUCUCAGAGGUGCACACUGAGCUCCAGGUGACAGCUCUGAAGUACCAGAAGAAGUUUACAGAGUACAGUGAGAGGAUCGAGUCCCUCACCAAGACCCUGGCUUUUCCCUGCAAGGAAGAAGACUCUAAAAGCUUGACGGUCAUCCUUCUUCGUGAGGGAGGAUCUCUGGGAUUUAACAUCAUAGGAGGAAAGCCAAUCACGGGGGACAAUGAAAGCACUUCAAAUGAGGGGAUCUUUGUAUCCAAGAUCGUAGCAGAAGGUCCAGCAGACAAGGAAGAGGGCCUUCAAAUACAGGACCGAAUCCUAGAGGUCAACGGCAUGGAUCUCUCCAAGUCCACCCAUGAGCAGGCGGUGGAGGCCUUCUGCACUGCCAAGGAGCCCAUCAUGGUCAAAGUUCUGCGCCAGACCCCGAAUAUCAAAAUGGUGGGCCACACUGCAGACUCCCAGGUUUCAGACGUCAGCACCCAGACUGACCUCACCCUCCAGCACAUCCUGAUGCUCACGAAACUACCUCUCUCUCCACCUCCAAUGACCAAGCUGGAUGAGUAUCUGCUGUCAGAAGAGCAUUCUCCAGGACAUGCAUACUUUGACCCCAAUCACUUCCUGGAGGGUAUGCAGCAGGACAUGGAGCGGGAGGUGCUGGAAUACGAGGAAGUUGACCUGUAUCGAGCAAACAUCCAGGACAAGCUUGGUCUGACGAUCUGUUAUAGGACAGACGAUGAGGAUGAGGCUGGGAUCUACAUAAGUGAGAUUGAUCCAAAAAGCCUCGCUGCAAAGGAUGGUCGAAUCAGAGAAGGAGACAAGAUCAUUCAGAUCAAUGGUGUUGAGAUCCAGAACCGGGAGGAUGCUGUAGCACUGCUGACCAGUGAGGGGAGCCAAAACAUCUCUCUGCUGGUGGCCCGGCCAGAGAUCCAGCUGGAUGAGGGCUGGAUGGAUGACGAAAGGAACGACUUCCUGGAUGACCUCCACAUGGACAUGCUGGAGCAGCAGCACCAUCAUGCCAUGCAGUUUACUGCAAACAUAAUGAAGCAGAAGAAGCAGGAAGAGGAUGGGGGCACCACAGACACAGCCACUUUACUGUCCAACCAUCAUGAGAAGGACAGUGGUCUCGGUCGGACAGAUGAGAGUACGCGGAAUGAUGAGAGCUCAGAGCAGGAGAACCUGGGUGAUGACCAGACCACAGCCUCAAACACUCUGGACAGCUGCAGGAAGCUGACCUACAGUCAGGACACCCUGGGCAGCACUGACCUGCCCUUCAACAGUGAGGCCUUCAUCUCUGCAGACUACACCGAGACAGACUUCCUGGGGAUCACAGCUGAUGAGUGUGAGCAUUUCAGAGAACUUCUGGAAUUGAAGUGCCAGAGGAGAAAAACUAGAACUCCUUACUGCCAGGCUGGAGGAGCCAUCGGCCAGGACCAAGAGGGUUUUGAUAGAGAGCUAGAGCAGCUCAAUGAGGAGCUACGGAACAUUGAGUUGGAGUGUCUGAAUAUCGCCCAUGUCCACAAGAUACAGCUGCUAAGAGAGCAGUGCCACGAGUCCUGGAUGCUCCACAACAGCGGCUUCCGCAACUACAAUACUAGCAUCGAUGCACGCCAACACGAGCUCUCAGACAUUACAGAGCUGCCAGAGAAAUCCGACAAAGACAGUUCCAGUGCCUACAACACUGGGGAGAGCUGCCGCAGCACACCCCUCACACUGGAACUGUCUCCAGAAAACUCGCUCUGCAGAGGAGCAGGGAACCAAGGUCCAGCUGGGGCAUCAGGCUCCACCAAUGUCAGGAUGCUUAAACCUCUCCUGUCCCCUGUGCAGGAGGCCUGUGGCCCCAGUCUGAGCAGAGACUCCUCCAAGGAUUCAGAUGGAGCACAGACUGAGAGCAGGGAGAGGAAACCUGCAGAGUCCAGUAAGGGGAAAAAAUCUCAAUCACACUCACCUUACAAGCACGCCCACAUCCCUGCCCACGCCCAGCACUACCAGAGCUACAUGCAGCUGAUCCAGCAGAAGUCAGCUGUGGAGUACGCUCAGAGCCAGAUGAGUCUGGUCAGCCUGUCCCGGGACCUGGAGCCUAAGAUGGAGUGGAAGGUGAAGAUCCGCAGCGAUGGCACACGCUACAUCACCAAGCGGCCUGUGCGAGACAAGCUGCUGAGGGAGCGCGCACUACGCAUUCACGAAGAGCGCAGCGGCAUCACUACAGACGAUGACGCCAUCAGUGAGCUGAAGAUGGGACGCUACUGGAGCAAGGAGGAGAGGAAGCAGCAUGCAGUCCGUGCCAAAGAGCAGAGGCAACGCCGAGAGUUCAUGAAGCAGAGCCGAGCAGAGAGUCUAAAGGAGACAGCCGGUCUGGAGGACAAGAAGGAGCCCAACAUCAUCGAACUCAGCCACAAGAAGUUAAUGAAAAAGAGGAAUAAGAAAAUCUUUGACAACUGGAUGACAAUCCAGGAACUGUUGACCCAUGGCACGAAGUCACCAGAUGGCACGAGGGCUUACAACUCGCUCCUGUCUGUGACCACCGUGUGAGCCCUGAGGUCUCAGGCCAGCUGGAGGAAGAGAGACUUGUGUGUGAUUGAGCAGGAACACCAUCAGUUCAGGACCUGAGUUCCUGUUUUAUAAACCAAAAGUAAGAAAAGCCUUUCAGGGACAAUCAUGUGUCAAAUGAUUGUCCUUCAGAUGAUUGUUGGACGUGGAAAGACUCACUCAUUUCAUGUCUGAUUCAGUUUCCCUCUUUCAGGAUCCUUUUCUACGUUUGUAUCCUUUCAAUAAUUGUAUCAACAAGAAGAUCUGACUCUUGUUAGGUUUCAAAUGUGUGUAAAUACCAAAGUGCCAUAACACAAACAGCCAGCAGUUUCAUUGUUGACAUUAAAUUGUUCAUAUUUUAUAUCUUUUAUCACUAUUCUACUGUUAUGCAAUCUCACUGCUUUCACUGAUAAAACACGGUAUAACAUAUAACCCCAAUUUUAAAAAACUGGGAUGCUGUAUAAAAUGUUAAUAAAAACAGAAUUUGAUGGUUUGCAAAUUA